AUGUCUAUCACCAACACCCCUUCGAGUAAUGAUGCUUGCCUGAGCAUUGUACACAGCUUGAUGUGUCAUAGGCAAGGGGGAGAGAGCGAGACCUUUGCCAAGCGAGCAAUAGAAAGUCUGGUGAAGAAGCUAAAGGAGAAGAAGGAUGAACUGGACUCCCUCAUCACAGCCAUCACUACCAAUGGAGCUCACCCCAGCAAGUGUGUCACCAUUGGGCGGACUCUGGAUGGCCGUCUGCAGGUAGGGACUACACCAAUGUCUGGGGUGAAGUUUUCCCAAGGUACAUAUCUUGGGUCAGCUUCCCCUCCCCCAAUUAUAACCUUACCCAUUAGUGGGAAAAUGCAAAACUGACCCAAGGUCAGCGUCUAGGGGCAACUUCACCUUACACCACUGUCUGGGGAUCUGCUACAAGUAGCCAGAUGUAAAAAGGGUUAGAUAGCGUUAUAAGUGAGGAUCAUGCCAAGAUGAGGAUAUAGAUAGAUAGAUAGAUAGAUAUAUAUGUAUAUGUGUAUCUAUCUAAUCUAUAUGCGAGAGAAAAAAAACAUGGGGGAUUGGAAGUGAUGCAGACAAUUACAUUGAUGGAAGUUACAAUCAAUCUGCAAUAUUAAAGCUGCUCUACCCCCUAAAAAAAUAUAUAGAUAGAUAUAUAUAUAGAUAUAGAGAUAUAUAUAUAUAUAUAUAUAUAUAUAUAUAAGGUUGAGUAUAAGGACAUGAGACCUAUUAGCACCUCUGGGUGAAGAAGAACGUUUUCAUUGAGUUCAAUCAACCGGCUUAAUCCUGUAAUAUCUUUCAUCCCUGUCCCUCUCAGGUGGCAGGGCGGAAAGGGUUUCCCCACGUCAUCUACACUCGGUUGUGGAGAUGGCCCGAUCUGCAUAAAAAUGAACUGAAGCAUGUGAAAUAUUGCCAGUUUGCCUUUGACCUGAAGUGUGACAGCGUUUGUGUGAACCCCUACCACUACGACCGGGUGGUGUCUCCAGGUAUUGGUGAGUGUACUGAUGUCCCUGGCAUUUGUUUGUGUUGAUCUCCUGUGACUGAUAUCUUUAGCUCAUCAUCGUUUCCAUUUUAUUUCACAGACCUAUCAAGUUUACAACUCACAAGCUCAGGUAAGUGACCUCCAUUUUGAUGGUUAUAUACCUUAUGACGGCAUUAUUUUUUGCCAAUAGCUAGAUUUCCAUCCAAUUGGGGACAGAUUUUACAUUCUAAAAUCUGCAUAAAAACACUAUGCGUAUUUUCCCACCAGAGAUGUUUCUAGAAAAUUGACUUGUUGCAGAUGAAAGGCAGUGUGUGAUGACGUAGUGCACAUUAAAACACCUUUUGCGGUAAUAUUACCACGUACCAACUAGAAAAUACAAGUUCAAUUGUUUGUUUUAGCGCAUUUUCAACUCUACUGAUGGGUUUUCUCACAAACAAUGUGUUCAAUAGCGAGUGUGCCCACUGGUAUUCGCACGUAUAGCCUACAUGAUGAAAUUAUUAUGGACAAAAGAGCAAGAUUAUUUUUAUAUGUCAAACGGCAGCCAAGCAUCGAUGAACAUGUCACCAGAAUAAGACCCUCAAUAUUUAUUGGAAAAGGAGCAUCAAGCUCAUCACCUUGCCCUUUCACCACCCUGUGAAGUUCAUCAUCAUUUAGUUAAUCUGUUGCCUAAUAAACUGCAUGUUUUCCUGAGUCGUAGUUGGAGGACCACAUAACAUGUCAUCAUGUAUUUACUUCGAUGUGAUGGUUAUUAUAUCAAUAUUUGCGCAUCAAAAUGUUUCCACCAACAUAUUCUCGCAUAAUUCAUUUUGCCGACAUGAAAAGAUACCACCUUGUCUAGUGUAUUUUGUUUGGUCGACAUUUGGAAAGUUUAGCGAAACGUUUUCUGUUUCCAUCAGGCCUGUCAUUCUUUUUAUUUUUUUUACCCGACAUGCACUUUACUGGCAUAAACAGAUUGGAUGGAAGCCUGGUUGUCUGUUCUGUUUCUUGUUGACCUUUUAUCUUGACUCUGUGCUGCUCUCAGCUCCCAGCCUGGGACUGAUGGUAAAAGAUGAGUAUGACUUUGACGGCCAGCCCCCACUGCCCACCAUGGACGGGGGUCAUUCCCUCCAGACCAUUCAGCACCCUCCCUCUAGCCGAGGUGGGCCCCCCUCAGAGCCCUUCGGCACCCCUGGCCUGCUGCCCCCCUCUGACGCCAGCACCGCCUCCAGCUCCGCCUUCCCCAGCAUCUCUGUCGGAUCAGGAAGUGAGUUCCAACUCCACCACCCUGUCCACUCCAUCUUCCCAAGUUUUAUGGCUCUUGGUAUCCUCCUCACCCAAAUCAGUAGAGGUCUUGAGUCAUUCGUAGCGGUAAUAAUCCUGGAAAGUUGUUUAUCUAGGUUUGGGAUGUUUGUUUAGCUACAGCCUAACUACACAGGUAAGUUUGUGGCUUACAGACAGAAACCUUGGAGGACAAAUCCCCUAAAUUGCAUGCAAGAAUCACCUCACAGUAAUAUCAAACUCGUCCUGGAAUGUAAUGACUUAGGAAAUGGAACCUGUUUUGUUGGUGGUCACUUACUCUUUUCCCUCUCGUUCGCUAUUAUUAACACGCCCACUUUCCCCUCCCUCUCUGAAAUGCAUCACAGCUCAUUUACUGGGUGUAUGGACAGUGUCGAAGUGUGGGUUCUCCCUACAAUUCUCAUCUGUAGGCAUCUACCUGUGCCCUUACAGAUGCCACCUCCACCUGGGCUAGAAAUAGCAGCUUCACGCCCAACAUGCCUCACCAUCAGAAUGGGCACCUGCAACACCACCCACCCAUGCCUCCUCCAGGACAUUACUGUGAGUCCAUGCCACUAUCAGGAUGAGUAGAACAUGAAUUUAAUUAUUAGAACACAUAAUUCCCGCAACUUACCGAUGUGGCCAGGGUUGAAGGAAUUCCGUUCACGAUUGAUCAUUGUUGCAUUUAUGUUACCCUCACAGGGCCCGUGCACAACGACCUUGGCUUCCAGCCCCCCAUAUCCAACCAUCCAGGUAAGUGAAGCGUGAUGCCUGUUUUUACCUGACAAGGUGUUCAGAGGGCUGUGUUGGUCUGGAGAGGAGAGAAGACUGAGUUUGGGCUGUGGGUCUGUUGCAGCUCCCGACUACUGGUGCUCCAUAGCCUACUUUGAGAUGGACGUGCAGGUGGGAGAGACCUUCAAGGUGCCCUCCACUGGCCCCGUCGUGACAGUGGACGGCUAUGUGGACCCGUCGGGCGGAGACCGCUUCUGCCUAGGCCAGCUGAGCAACGUGCACCGGACCGAGGCCAUCGAAAGAGCCAGGUACACCAGCCUCCUGACCGCUGUUCCUAACCACAACUGUGUUGUGCUUCUGGCUCUGAAUGGAGGUCAAUUCAUGACAUUGCCUUUGGCAGAGUAUUUGGUCAUGCCACUGAUAACUGCUCUUCUUCUGACUUCCCAAGGCUCCACAUCGGUAAGGGGAUCCAGCUGGAGGGCAAAGGUGAAGGGGACGUGUGGGUGCGUUGCCUCAGCGACCAUGCUGUGUUCGUGCAGAGCUACUACCUGGACCGGGAAGCCGGCCGCGCCCCCGGCGACGCCGUGCACAAGAUCUACCCCAGCGCCUACAUCAAGGCAGGUCCCAGCGCCUACGUUUCCUCAGCAUCACCAAUGUGUUGAUUGUUUUGUUAUCCGCCCCCUGGUGUCCAAGCUGUGGACUGCAUGCACUAGGUAGUAAAUGGAUUGGUUUUGUUCCCCUCCCUCCCAGGUGUUUGACCUGCGUCAGUGCCACAGGCAGAUGCAGCAGCAGGCAGCGACGGCCCAGGCUGCAGCCGCGGCCCAGGCAGCCGCCGUGGCCGGGAACAUCCCUGGACCGGGCUCCGUGGGAGGCAUCGCUCCCGCCAUUAGUAAGCAGCACAACACUUCUCUCCUUUUGAGCAACACUAUAAUACUCCCACAGACGCCACACUCGGCUCCUAUUGACUUUCACACAACUUCACACCGGUGAUGUAACCCUCAGAACAACAGAUUACUAAUUACACCCCUCGCACGCCACUUUUCUAAUAGCCCGUUCCAAAAUCAUUUACCAAUCGUCCCAUCCAAUUGUAGCAUCGGUCAGUCAUUGACGAUGCAUAGGAAUCUGUUCUGGAGCUCUUCAUUAGUGUGGAUGUGUGAUGUCGUUGAGCCCGAGUUGGGUUCCAUUACAUUGAAACCUCACCUCCUCUCUCCUACCCAGGCCUUUCGGCAGCCGCCGGCAUCGGAGUGGAUGACCUGAGGAGACUGUGCAUCCUGCGCAUGAGCUUUGUCAAGGGCUGGGGUCCCGACUACCCCCGGCAGAGCAUCAAGGAGACCCCCUGCUGGAUCGAGAUCCACCUACACCGCGCCCUCCAGCUACUGGACGAGGUGCUGCACACCAUGCCCAUCGGUGACCCCCAACCCCUGGACUGA